AUGACUACAGCAGUAAAUCUGCUCUCUUCGACUAGAUUAAGGAAAAGCAAUGUGGACUUGUCACAGGAAAGCAGUGAUGAAGACGAGCCAGAUUCCACCACUCCCAUUGAAAAGGAACUGUUUGACUUUCAAUCAGGAUUGGAAGUGUUAGUUAAGCAAAAAGAUGGAAGGUAUUACUUUGGAACAAUUGUGGAGGUAGAUCCAAUUCGUGAAGAGUGUUUAGUGAAAUAUGGAGACAAUACAAGUUACUUUUCAAAUUUCAAAGAUUUAACUAAAUUAAGUACUACAGAACCUGAAUAUUUAUUAUGUGUUAUAUGUAAAAAGUCAUCCCCAAAAAGCAAGCAUGAUAGCAGAGUUUGUGAUCAGUGUGGAAGAGGGUAUCAUCAAAAAUGUCAUCAGCCAGAAAUUCCCACCUAUUGUCUCAAAGAAGGAGCCACGUGGAUGUGUAAAAGAUGCACUGAGAGUGAACCUUAUAGACUAAGAAAAAGUGAUUCAAAACAACAAAAAAGUAUAAAAAGUACAACUAAUCAUAAUGAAAUUCAAGUUGCUUCUUCCUCAGUUGGAAUCAAAAUAUUACCUUAUGAUAUUAACUCCUUAACAUGGGACACAUAUCAUAGAGUAAAUGUAGAGCAAGUUUAUUGUUACUGUGGGCAAAAUGGAGAAUGGUAUAAACAAAUGAUGCAAUGCUGUAAAUGUAGGCAAUGGUUUCAUGAUAAGUGUUUAGACUGUUUGCAAUAUCCGCUUUAUUGUGGUGAUAGGUUUUAUGUCUAUGUGUGUUCAAUAUGCAAUCAUGGUCAAGAUUUUUUGAGAAGAUUGGAAAUCAAAUGGGUGGAUUUGGUACAUUUAAUGUUGUUCAAUUUGACUGUGUACAACUGCAAAAAGUAUUAUGAUUUAGACAGUGUAGUGAUCCCUUAUAUCACAGAUAACUGGCAUGCGUUGCAGCUUCCACCAAAGAUAGCAAAUGUCACCAAGUCUGAAAGAAGAGAGAACAUUUUGUCGGUCUUAACAAACAACCGCAAUCGUUUCAAAUGCGGUCGCGAAAUAAAAAAACGCACAACGAUAUGGGGCCUAAGGGUUCGUUUGCCGCCUCCAAAACCAUGCGUGACCCUGCCGCAGGCCGGCCGGGUCACCGAGGAAGAUCUGCGCGACCUCUGGCGAGGAAACAGCCGUCUGCAGUUGCUGGAUGUGCCCUCUACAGACGAGAAGUUUACGCUGGACGAUCCCCAAAUGAGGAACAUCAUGAUGGGAAUGGCCUAUCAGGAGAACAACGCGAUGUCCGAGACGGAUUCUCCGUGUCCCAGUCCUGAGACCAUACAAAAUACUAAAGACCUGCUGAGUGUGGAGUACACAGGUGCUGUUAAAAAGAGCGUGCCCUUUAAGAAGAUGAGUUUGCAGAGGAAAAAGAAACUGCUGGCCAUGACCAGAGAUAGAAUAAUUAAGAGACCCAAGAGGAGGGUUACUACAGGAGAAGUGACUAGUCAAUCAGAGAGAAGCGCGUACCCAAAACGACUAAGCUUAGAUAGUAAAAACAAAAAUAACGAAACACUGCCACUGACGCCGCCGACAUCGGUGUCGUCACCGCCAACUCCGCCCGCCUCCAACACCACCUCGGUGGUGUCGGACGCGAGCAAUGACUUCCUGGAGAGCACUUCGCGCAAAAAGUUCUCCUCCACCGUCUCUGACAUGGACAUCCACACGCCUUGCGACACCUCGGGCGACGAGACCUCUUCAAAAAGCACUCUGGACUUGAUCAUUCCGCCGCUCAAAGAUUUCGAGGGCAAAAACAACCCGUUCUUGGCUCUGUUGAGGUCCACGUGCGAGGACACGAAGUCGAAACGCAAGAGCAAAGACGCGAUCACGCUGCCGCUACCCCUUACUGCUGUGAUACCUGGCAAGCCUGUGAUGCGACCCAUCAAAAGGCAAUUGAGCGAGAAGGACAUACUGAUCGGGCCAAAUGGAGAGGUGAAGAGAAAACGGUUUAGAAGAAAUAGAGGCCCUCAAUUCGCAGGACAAGUGCCCGGACAGACCGCCUCAAAGACGGCCGCCAUUUUGCCCGCUCGGCCCGACAUCAAGGAGUGGACGCCAAGGGCCAGCCAGUCUCCGGUUGGAGAUUAUCCAUUCAACGGAAGAAGACUGAGGCAAAGACCGGAAAAGCCGUCUGAAAAGGAGAAAUCGAUCGAUCCUCCUACACCCAAACCUAGUCCGGUUAAACAGGAACCCGACAUAUCAAUGGAUGAUCUAAAGUCGUCUGUAAACAUUUAUUUCGGCGCGGCUAACCGGAUUGCGGCUGGCGAGCGGUUCUUGGUCAAGGCAAAACGGAUAGGACCCGCGGGUAAAAUGGAGUGUCUGAUAGAGUGGGAGGGUCCCUCCAACGGGAUGACCUGA